AUGUCUUUCACGGAGACAGUUCGUCUGAAAUUAUACUGGAAUACUACUUAUACAACUGAACCUGAUGGGACUAUCACGGUACAGCGGGAUGCGCCGGACGGUUAUCUUAUCAUUGAUCGUAUGUUAGAUUUCUCGGAACUUGUUGAUAAGGUAUUAAGUGUGAUCGGAGUUGAUAGAGAAGGGCUUUAUAUUGAUUUUUCUUUGGUAUGGACGGAGAGGUCAGGAAAAAGGUCUCGUGUGCACAUUAAUGAUGAUAAUACUGUUCGGUUCAUUUAUUUUUGUGCUGAUAAAUGGCCAGAAUUGUACCCUGAAAAAGUUGAGAGAACAGGCCAUGUUUAUGCAAGUACAUCUGGCCAGGAUAUUGGUGCCAGCACUAGUGGUGGUAGAACAGUUGAAGACAAUGAAGAUGGAGAUGAAGAUGGAGAUGAAGAUAAAGAUGAAGAUAAAGAUGAAGAUAAAGAUGAAGAUGCAGAUGAAGAUGAAGAUGUCGGGGUGUCGAAAGCAGUGAUGAUGAUCCCAUAUGUUUUCGACGACAUAAGUGGAUGGGACAAGACUUUAGAGGAAGUAGAAAACGAUGGAAUUAAAAUGUGGGAUGGCAAUCCGUUGACGCUAGGCCUUGAUAUACAUUUUGCCAACAAGCCUGAGGCACAAGCGGCAGUGGGAGAAUGGAACUUGGUACAUGGUCGGACUUUCCGGGUGAAAACGAGCUCUAAACGAACAUGGUAUGUCGAAUGCGAGACGUGUGGACCUAAAUAUCCGAAAGAGCGCCUUCACGGCUAUGAUUGUCUGUGGAAGGCGCGAGUUUCGCUACAGAAGGCCACCGAUACUUGGAAAAUGGUGGCAAACAUUGAUAUGAUCCAAAAAUGUCAGACUGUUCUACCUCCUACUCCAAUGAAACUGUAUGAAGAGGCCCGGAAGAAAUCAUUGAGGCAAAAGGUCAACCAGUUUAGCAAGAGAAACCAGAAGUACGAAGUGGUUACAAUAGCACCUGAUAAUCAACCAUGGAAGGCUGACGAGAAGCAAGUUGUGCUGGCUUGCCCAUAUGCAAGAGUUUGCGCACGAUGUGGAAGUUUAGAUCAUGAUGCUGUCGAAUGCCCUUUUUCUCAUCCACCUGCUGACAGGACCGGUAUUGAUAAACUGUAUGAUCCAUAUGGAAUUCAUGCGAGCCCGUUGUUUUGUUGGAUGGCUCGUUGGCGGAUUACUGUUCUCAAACACUACGAGAAACAGUUUUCCUCUCGAUCUUGUGCAUUUUCUUCAUACUCCCGAGAUUUGCUCGAGUACGGUUGGGGUAGUGCGGCACUAUGUUACUUGUACCGCAAAGAUGUCCAGUCAUCUCUGGCCGCUUCUGCCAAGGCUAUUACCGGCUGUGUGAUUCUUCUUCAGCUCUGGGCCUGGGAGCGGAUUUUGAUGGUUCAGCCCAAGAUACUGGGUAGGGAUCUCGAUCUAUCUGAUUGUCCAUUGGGCACGAGGUGGUCCCGCGAGAAAAAAGUUCAAGGUAUCACGCGGUUUAAUUUGGCCGCGUAUCGGGAUCAGCUUGCAGUUCUCGCAGAGUCUGAUUUUGUCUGGAUGCCGUACACGACUCUUUUGGGUCGUAUUGCCAGGGUUUGUCUUGUGGGACAGGGCAUAUGGCGAUCUCAGACAUGGCUCAUCUGCGGUGAUGUCGUUGCGCCACACAACCCCAGUAGGGUAUUUCGCCAAUUUGGUUAUCACCAGUGGAUACCUGGCGACGCAUUACUUCUCACUGCGGCGGAAAUUACUAGCCUGCUCAAGAGGAAGCCGUUUGGAGGAUCCGAUAGGAGAUGGUUACAACAACUAGGGAUAUAUCUCCAGGUUUGGAAUGAUCGCCACGGCCAAGUUGUGGGGACUGAUGAUCUUUAUGUUGGCGAGCCUUCCGCAGAUCCGGAGUAUCUCUUGUGGUACCAUCAGGUUACUGUGAAGUAUGUUACGGAUCCGACGGACUCUGAAAAUGCGAGGGGUUUUCACGGUUCUGCAGAGACCUUGCGCCUCAUGGCCACAUUGAUGGAGGACGUUCGUAGUCUGAGUAUUAUAGGCCAGCGUACUUUCGACGCGGACUCCUUUGGUUAUGAUCGCUUAGGCGAGAUUGCCCAGGUUGCUGAGCGGGCGUUGUCCGUCAAUGCAACAAAUGUUGUACGGCACGAUCUCGAUAGGCAUGUUGAGAGUUCGCUAGAUGGCCAAUCGAUACAUUACACGAGUAACUUUCUUUCGAGUAUGUUCGAGGGUGUUGCGGGUCAGCAUCAGGCUGAUAACCCAGCUGAGGGUGAGCGUGAGAGUCAGGGUGAGGAUGAGGCUGAGGAUGAGGCUGAGGAUGAGGAUGAGGAUGAGGCUGAGGAUGCAGACCAGGAUGAUCAGUUUGAGGGUCAGGGUUAUCAGCGCCAUGAGGAGCAGGGAUCGAGUCAGACUCUAGGGACUCCACCGUUGGCUGCCUAUCAACCUGAUAACAUGUGGGUGAAAUGGAUGCAUGGGGUGUAUUUAAAAGAAGAAACUGUGUGGGAUAGGCAACCAAAGCUGGAUUCCUGUUGGCACUGGAAUAAAUUGUUAAUGUUGAAGGACAUGAUUAAAAGUGAAGUGGAAGGGAACAAAUGGAAGAAUCCUGUUCCUGGAAAAUACACUAUUAGUUCUAGAUAUAAGUGGUUAAUGGUAGAUCAGCAGCCAUGUCCAGCUUCUGUGUUUAUUUUGUUACGUUAUAAUGUGCCAAAGCAUUCAAUUAUUACCUGGAUUUGUUGGAGGAAGAGGCUAUUAAUCAAGGAUCGAAUCAGUAAAAUCAUGUUGGCAGUGGUUGAUCCUGUCUGUGUUCUAUAUCACCAGAGCCAGGAAGAUGCAAAGCAUUUAUUCUUCUACUGUAGUUUUUCUAUUGAAGUUUUGAAUGCAGUGAAUCAGUGGCUUCAAAUCAAGUUACAUUGUAAUCAGAAUGGAUGGAGAAGAAAAAGUGUUUGCAUUUGGAGAACUUCAAAAUUGAAAAAGGAAAGUGCUCUUUGCUGCACCUAG